AUGUGCAAGCGCACACGCGGCCACAAACAAACAUUCGUCCCUUUUGCAAGAAUGCCCAAGUGUGCGUGUGUGGGCGGACCUUUGGCCGAUAUGUACGUUCUGGCCCAUUCACAGAACAGUCUUCACCGGGACCGACGACAGACUGGAAAUCUGGUUGACGUAGACACGCAGGCACCCUCUCCUGCAUGGUCAAUAGAUCACAGACAGUGUGUGCGUGUGCAUGUCUGUCUGCUUGUCUGCCGGUCAUUUGAGCGUGUGCAGCAUUGUGUUCGCGUGUAG